AUGAUCCCCGCUCGGACACACCCCACCGCCCCGAGUACGAUCGCACUGAGUGUGCUCGUCCUGGCAGCAACCGGGCCUAUGCUCGCACUCGCUCACGGCUCGGAUGUGAGAUCAACAGCAUUCGUGCACUCUGGAUCGAAAUCGCUGACUAACAACCGACUGUUUGUCUCCCGCAGAUGCAGAUGGACAUGAACAUGUCCAACUCGUCCACGGCUACGAUGGGCACUUCCUUCUCGACCACGUGAGUCGCGCGCCGACCUCCGCCGUUCGAGGUUCCCCUGAGCCCCCCCCCCUUGCUGACUUGGCACUUCUGUCCCCCUUUCCCCAAUAGCAUCGGAAGCUCUCAGCUCUGGUUCGACGGUUGGAUCCCCACAACCUCAGCCAGUACAGCCGGCGCGUGUAUCGGACUCGCCCUCCUCGCGAUCCUCUCCCGUUUCCUCGCCACCGUCCGAACCUCGUGUGAAGCCAACUGGACCCAAUCGAUCCUUCGCCAAAGACUGGCACAACACCAACCACUCGUCGAUGCGACCUUGCUCAAUACGGUCCCGACGAUGCCCUCGCGUAAGGGUGAGCUGGAUGUUGCUUCGGAUCCGAGCGACAAAGCCCAAGCGAGGUCCGAGCUCGCGGAUCUGUUGCACAAAUUCCAUUCGAGUCCGGCGCCUUUCACACCCUCGAUCGAUUUGCCUCGUACCGCCAUCUUUGCUGUGAGUUAGGGAGUGCUCAUCAUAUGUCACCUCGCCCCGCCCUGAGAUUGAACUUCUCGUUUUUCGGACGACACAGCUACAAGCGUUCAUCGGCUACUUGCUCAUGUUGGCGAUCAUGACCUAUUCCGCAUGGUUCUUCAUCUCCAUCAUCUCCGGUCUGGCACUAGGCGAACUCUUGUUCGGCAGAUUCAUCAACAGCCAUGGUCACUCGAGCGACUUGGGUUUACACCAUUAA